GACCGAUUGUUUGUGAUACUUUCUAAUAUCCACCUAUCGGAAUAGUCCAUUUCUCUGGGUUGUUUCCUGGAUACCUGGAUCGUCUUCGGACAGUGUAAACAAGUCGCCGAGUGGACACUUUUAGACCUACUACUUCUUCUACAAAAACAUCAACAUGAAACUCUUUUAUACCUUCCCAAAACGAGCCGUUAGUCAUUGUCCGAUCUGGGGUACAUGGAUCGGUUUACCAUAUUAAGACAUUACGCCCUGGCUGCUGAUUGGUUGCUAUUUUUAGCCUAUGAGUCUGCUAUAAAACCUGGAAGUUUGAGUUGAAACGUUAGUGUCUGUUGUUAUUGUCCAGCAAGGAGCUCUUGUCUGAGAGAGUAGGAGGGGAUACGGUGGUCAUCUAAGGCAUUGAAACGAUGGCUGCACUAAACUUAAAGCUGGUGAUCGUGGGCGAUGGAGGGGUGGGGAAGAGCUGCCUCCUCAUCACCUACAAAACCGAGUCAUUCCCCGGUAGGUUCAUAUGCAUGACUUCACACCGUGCCAACUAUUGUACCAACAUCGUGGUAGAUGGAAAACCGUACAACAUGGCCUUCUGGGAUACUGCUGGGCAGGAGGACUACGAUCGUCUGCGCCCACUGUCCUAUCCACAGACAGACAUCUUCCUGAUGUGCUUUGACAUUGGCAACAGGGAUUCUUUUGAGAACAUCUCAGAAAAGUGGUUCCCAGAAGUUCGACACUUCUGUCCUGACACACCCAUCAUUCUUGUGGGCACAAAAAAUGAUCUGCGCUCUGCGUCUGAUGUCUGCCGCUGCUGCGUCAGAUGUGUGUCUUGGCAGGAGGGGCAGCAAGUUGCAACAAGUUUGAAUCUUCCGUACCACGAGACAAGCUCACUGAAACAAGUAGGACUGAAGGAGCUGAUGAACCAUGCAGUACAACUUGGGAGCCAGAGUGUUAGAAGACAGAAAAAAGGAGGCUCCAUCGGCAAGUGGGUUCCUUCCUGGUUGAAAGGGAAAAAGUCCAACUCUCUCCCACCUCCUCCUGUCAUGCCCCCUGCUGGUCAGGCCCCAUGGAUUGAGAUUGAGACGUCCACCAUUGCUGAUCACAUGACCCAGCUGCUGAAGUCAGGUGACUACAGUGACGUGACCUUUGUAGUGGAGGGGUCACACCAUGUCCCAGCGCACAAACUGGUCCUGUGCAGUGCUUCAGAAUUCUUCCAGAACCUCUUUGGUGUUCAAUCAUCAAAUAAGAAAGACAAAUCAUCCAAGAGUACCCCAAACUUUGCUGCUGGCUGUGCAGGGGUUGCUGGGAUUGAAGAGGGGACAUCAGGAACUGUGGUAACGCUGCGAGAUGACAUCAGUCUGGAGGUCUUCACACAUGUCCUGGAGUUUCUGUACUCAGGUCUUCCAGUUCUGACUGAAGCUCCCACAGAAGAGAAACUGACCAGACUUACAGCUGCAGCAGAACUGUUCCACCUGCCGUACCUCAGCCAGGUGUGUGACAAUAUCAUCCGUAAAGAGGAGUUCCUGAACCCCAGUAUUGGCACGUACCUGAACGAUACUACCGGACAGAAGAUCAAAGAGUUGUUCUUCAACAAGUCAGAGCUUUCUGAUAUCAGCUUUAUUGUGCAAGGUACCACAGUCCAUGCACACAAGGCAAUCUUGACCUCUAGGUCAGAAGUCAUGGGGGUCAUGUUUGGUGGCAGCUUUUCUGAGAGCUCCAGUUCUAAGGUUCCAGUGACAGGCCCAACUACAGAUGUAUUCCUGGCACUCCUGGAGUACCUCUACACUGACAAUGCACCAAUCGAGGAUGUGGGACCGCUGGACAUCCUGCCACUGGCUGACCAGUACGGACAGACGCGCCUCAUCAGCAUGUGUGAACUCUACAUGACUAAAGACGUGGACCGUGACACAGGAGAGAGCAUAGAGAAAUCUUCGACUGAUGUAAUUGGUCUACUAGUCAUGGCACAGAUGCACAAUGCUCCCCAGCUGUCCUCCUGGUGUCUUCACUUUAUUUCUACCAACUACACAGCUAUCAGCAAGAGGCCAGAGUUCAGUCUGCUGCAAGGUGAGAAUCUGAAACAUGUGGAGGAGCAUCAGUGGCCACCUGUGAGUUACCUGAAGCAGGUGGAAGAAUAUGAGGCAAUGUUGAAGGAGAAAGGCCACAACACAGACAAGUGUGUCGUCAUGUAACCAGUCAUAACAACAGUCAGACAAGUGUGUUGUAAUGUAACCUAGUCAUCACAAGUACUGCUGCUUCUUUAUAAUCUCCUAGCAGAUGUUGGAAGCCAAGGAAGGUCAUAACUGUUAGUUAACUGACCAGUUUCUCUGUAACAACCAAUGUCUGCAAUGUUAUCAUGCAGGUUCACUUGUUUGAGAAAGCAGAGCAACCAGUGAAUGUCAGGAGCUGCUGUCCUAAUGUCUGCUUGGAGAAUACUGCUUCUGUUUCAGCCAGAAAUUCAAAAGUCCCAAUGGAUUUUUUUUCAUGUUUGUUUUUACAUUAAUGUAAUAUACUUGUAUGUUUGAAAUGUAAUGUUUCAGAUUUUGGUAAUAUUCUGUUUGUGUUAUGUUUCCAUUAUGCUGUUCCCAUCAUCUAAGAAUGUAAGAACUUGUAUGUGUAGGUACAGAAAAUUUAACUUUUUGAAGGACCAGUUGUUUCAGGAGAUAUAUAUGUGUGCAAUGCCCUUAGCUAGAAAAGGGAUGUUUAAUGCAGAGAAUGCAAUUAUUGUCUACCAACUUAGCACAUCACUCUAUCUUGCCUUAUUCAACAAGUCUUAAAAGGUCUCAUCAGGACCCAUAUUUGCCAAAGAUGUAUCACUUUCCCUCAAGCCAAAGCCUUCUUAGCAACAUU